CCUUUUACAUGAAAUUCCACUCAGCUGGGAGACACCUAACUGAAAGCUUCUCUACCUCCUAUCAACCUAUAUCUUACAUAUAUAAAACAACCUUAAUAACAGUCUCGUGAAUUACUUUUUUAAACUCCCUGAAAUUUAAACAACAGUUGUGUGUGCGUGUCACAUCGCGGGACUUUGUCGUUUGUCCAGUUUCAGGACAUUUUAGUUACCAAAUCUGCCCCCUCCGGGACGUGCUAACGUUAGCUCAGCGGCUAGCCACCAUUCACUCUUCAAGGAAAAAAACGAUUAAUCAACAUCGUUGUAAUCAUGGAUCAAACAGGAGUCGCAGCACAAACUCCAAAGAGCCCGUGGGGUUCGGUGGCCCCGGCGCCUCCCGCCUGCUCUCUGACUGAUGUGAUGAGCGAGCAGCUAGCCAAACAACUGGACGAGGAGAACAACAUCUUCCCUGCACUCACUGAUCCGGGAGCAGAUCUGUUGUCAGAUGAAGUUUGUGAUACGACCAGCGACCUGAUGCUCGCCCAGAUGCUGCAGAUGCAGUUUGACCGCGAGUUUGACGAUCAGCUCCGCCGCGAGGAGAAGAAGUUUAAUGGAGACAGUAAAGUAUCCAUCUCCUUUGAGAACUACCGAAUGGUCCACCCAUAUGAGGACAGCGACAGCUCAGAGGACGAGGUGGACUGGCAGGACACAAGACACGACCCCUACAGAGCAGAAAAGCCUCAGACUACUCCCAGGAGAGGCUUCACCGGGAAGGGCAAGAACAUCACCACCAAACAUGACGAGGUGACAUGCGGCCGCAAGAACACAGCGCGCAUGGACAAUUUUGCGCCAGAGGUCCAUGUCGGCGAUGGGUUGGGGAUGGACCUGAAGUUGUCCAACCAGGUGUUCAACUCCCUGAAGCAGCACUGCUACAGUGAGCAGAGACGCAGCGCCAGACUGCAUGAGAAGAAGGAGCACUCCACUGCUGAACAAGCAGUGGACCCUCGCACUCGUCUGCUGAUGUACAAAAUGGUGAAUGCCGGCGUGUUGGAGAACAUUAACGGCUGCAUCAGCACGGGAAAGGAGUCGGUUGUCUUCCACGCUGAUGGAGGGAGUUUGGAGGAGCAGCCUGUCCCUGAGGAAGUGGUGCUGAAGGUCUUCAAGACAACUCUCAAUGAGUUCAGAAACAGAGACCGCUACAUCAAAGAUGACUACCGCUUCAUCGACCGCUUCAGCAAACUGAACCCACGCAAAAUCAUUAGGCUGUGGGCUGAGAAGGAGAUGCACAACCUGAGCAGGAUGAAGAAGGCAGAGAUUCCCUGUCCAGAGGUGGUGCUGCUGAAGAAACACAUCCUGGUGAUGUCAUUUAUUGGUAAAGAUCACGUUCCUGCUCCUAAACUCAAAGACGUCACGCUGAGCUCAGAGGACAUGAAGAAUGCCUUCUACCAGGUCCUACAUGUGAUGCAGCAGUUGUAUCAGGAGUGUAAUCUGGUUCAUGCUGAUCUCAGUGAAUACAACAUGCUGUGGCAUGAAGGGAAGGUGUGGUUGAUUGAUGUCAGUCAGUCGGUCGAGCCUACCCAUCCUCACGCCUUGGAGUUCCUCUUCAGAGACUGCAAGAACGUUUCCACGUUCUUCCAGAAGAGAGGAGUGAGCGAGGCGUUGAGUGUGUACGACCUUUUUAACGCUGUGAGCGGACUGAACAUCCCUGUUGGUGAAGAGGAUGAGGCAGAGUUCAUUGCUGAGAUUGUGGCUUUGGAGAAGAGGAACGAGGAUCAUGUGCAGCGGAGGGGAAAGAAAACCUUCCCCGUGGCCUCUGAAGACAGCGGUCCUCCUUUAAAACCUGAUGCUGAUGACUAACGCCGCCCGGCUCGCUCUCUCUUCACGAUCCCACCGUGUUGAAAAUGCUGUAAAACAGGAGAUGAAAGGAGUAGGCUUCUCACCCGGAGCCUCCGCCCCCUCCAACCAUGUCACCCACCCACCAGCUGCUUCCUUUAACCAGGCAGGACGGAGCGCCUCCUCCUGGCUGCAGGAGGGAUGAAGUUGAAGUCAGAGUGUCCUGAGAGGCACCGACAGAGUUUUCUGAAGCUGAGAACACAUCUCAUAACCUCCUGCUAACACCAGCCCACUCUGAGAAUGAUUCCAGUGUGUGUUUUUAUAAGAAUCACAGUAAAACAGUUAAAGCUUCUUACACAGGACCUCUUCUCUCCUGCUGGAUAGAAACAAACCCUUAGAGGAUAUUUUAAAUUAAAAUUUGUGAAGAUUACGUUAGGCUGAAUUUGGGGAAACAAGGGUGAAAUGAUGCAGAGGAUGACAGGCUUUUAUUUUUGUUUAUUUUUUUCAUAUGUGAUGGUUGAGGCAGAAAGGAAAUUCAUAUGGUUUGAAUAUUUCAUCCUGUAGCUUCACAGAGGAAAAAAGAAAAAGAGCGCAAAAUGUCUAAAUAUGAAGCAUAAAUGUAAUGAUAAUAAAUAUACAGCCUGAAAUUAGUUAAAAACAUCAGGAAACAUCUAAUGAAAAAGCAAAACCAAAAUAUGACCAGACCACUGAUAGCAACUUAAUGAACUUCAAAGUUUUUAUACUCUAUACACACAUAUGUAAUUUGUUUUUCAACAAUAAUAAUAAACUUUAUUUAACACUUUCAAAACAAAGUUACAAAGUGCUUUACAUGGUUGAACCAGAGUUAUACAUAGCAGGAUUGCAAUUAAUCAGACACUUAAUAAGUAGACAAAAGUAAAACAAUAAAAGAACAGUAGCAGUGAUAUAAGAUUUAAAGGACACAAAAAAGAUUCAUAGCGCACUAAAAAAAAAAUCAGACAGUACUGACAACAAUAUAAUAAAUAAGAAAUCAGCCAUCUGCACCCACACACAAACUGAAGUGCCAAUAAAUAAUAAAAACAAUAAUACUAAAUCAGAUACGACAAGUUGGACAGUGUGUUAGCAUUAAUAAAAACCUCAUUUAAAACAUGAUAUUAAUAAUAAUAAGGUUCACUCAGUCUUUACUCCCCUAUUCUAUCUCAACAAUUUUUUUCUAAUUUUUUUGGUAUAUUCAUCUUUUUUCACUGUUUUCGCUCUAUCAAAAUUAUCAAAGGGAACUUUAUGUAUCAAUAAUGUUUUCUUUUUCAAAUUUACAGCUAAAAUGAAUUAUAAUUAACUUUAUUUACACAGUACUUUUGGAAAACAUCAGGAAGCUCAGUUUAUUUCUUUCUUUUUGUUUGUCGCUCUGUCCCAUGUAAGUGGAGGGGGAGGUGUCGCAGGUUCACGGCGGUUUGGUUUGGAGUGUUUGUGAAAGCUAAAGCUAAGGGGCAUUAUUAAAUGUUUGAAGUGCAAAAGAAACAAAUGCAAGUAAAUUAAAGAGUCAUCUCAGCAUCAUGUCAUUAAUGUAGACAAUGGAAACUGUUUCUUGAUGUUUGCAGUGAUCAAGAUGAAACUAGAUUAGAUUGUGGAACUUCAGAAAAUCUGGUGUUGGAAAUGUUGGUCAUUUAUUGUGUGCUUUUUAUCCGAAUAAAUUGAAAAUGAAGAUUUCUCGAUGCAGCCUCUUCACAUGAUGUUACGAUGGAUUUACUCUCAUCAGUUGCUGUAAAACUGUUUGCAGACCAGUGGUGACAUUAAAAGGUGAAGAUGAA